GCCUGGCCGGGAGCUGGCAGCUGUGUCAGUCCAAUUCUGGCUGGGAAAGGCGCAGAGAGGAGGGAGGAAAAAUCAUUCAAAGACAUCAGGCAUUGAUCACUAGGAAUUCUUUGAAUUUUAAUUUGAAGAGAGGAGAUCCCUAUCCUGUCACUUUAUUGACAGACGUGCUGUUACAGGCUGUCUUCCCAGAGGUCGCAGAAGAAGCUCAGACGCUGCUGUUCCUUCCCUCCCAAGUCCAGUGGUUUCCCUGGUAAUGGAUUGCUUCUCUCUGAGCUUCCACCCUGGUGAGACCACCCAGGUCUAGUCUGUGAACUCAGCUAGGAGACAUACUGUAAAAAUGACUGAAGAGCCCAUAAAGGAGAUCCUGGGAACCCCGAAGUCUCCCAAGCCAGUGGCAAUGGAGAAGAGCUCCAAUGGUGAAGUCAUGGUAACCAUGGUCCCCCUGGUCAAUGAGAUUCAGCUGACAGCCGCCACGGGGGGCGCUGAGCUCUCCUGUUACCGCUGCAUCAUCCCCUUCGCCGUGGUGGUCCUCAUCGCCGGGAUAGCGGUCACUGCCGUGGCUUACAGCUUCAAUUCCCAUGGCUCCAUCAUCUCCAUCUUAGGUCUGGUCCUUCUGUCAUUGGGACUUUUUUUGUUAGCCUCCAGCGCCCUGUGCUGGAAGGUGAGACAGAGGAGCAAGAAAGCCAAGAGGCGGGAGAGUCAGACGACUCUCGUGGCAAACCAGAGAAGCUUGUUUGCUUAGGACUGAAUGAGACCAAACGGGAUGUGUGGUCUGAAGGACCUGCUCUCACUUCGUCAGCCAAUGCACCCAGGACUGGUGUGGGAGAGGAUGGACUUGGCAUUGCCGCAGACCAGAGGCAUGGGGGUGGCCUGAGGGUGGAGGAUGGAUGUGGUUCUCUUCUGUGAGCAAUGACUUGUGUCUUCGAUGACAAACUUAACUCUAAGGGCUAUUUCUCAGACUGAAAAAUCAGUUUUUCCUCUACAUUAAACAUUUUAGGGGUCAUGGGAGGUGUGCAGCAUUAGACAACAUUUGGUUCACCUUGGAAAAUAGGCAAGAGAAGAUGAGUUCUGGCACACCAGCAACCUGCCUCCAAAAGAGAUAACCCACGCUAUUAGGAUGUUAUAUCAUAAAAAUGUUCUGCUGAGAGUCUAAACUGCCUUGAACUUUGCAUACCCCUGUGAAAUUCUGUGAUCAUUUUUUUUGCAAAAAGUUGAUUCUCUAGCAUCUGUUUUAUUUUUCACUUUCAGUAACUCAUCACUGGUGGUACUUUUCUUGAAGAAUAAACUAAUAUUUUUUAUGUUUUAACAUUGGACAGUUUUUAGAUGAUCGUAAUGCUGUGUCAGAAGUUUAAAAAAAAAAAAGGUAAAAUGUGUAGCUACUCGAUGACAUGCGGGGAUAAAUUAAUAUUAAAAUAAUCCAAUAUAGCACUUUUGAUGAUUUUUAUAUUAAAGUUUAAUGUACAUUUUAUUCAAAAUAAUAAAUACUCAUUGCUGCUGAAA